UCAAUCAACCCCCCCAACUCGCCUCCAUAAAGUGCUCGUGCUGCCCCUCUCCCGUCCGCCUUUGGCUGCUUCCUGCUAAAUCUCGCCGUCACCCGAACUCUCCUCCUUCUCCUUCUCUUCUCACCAGCUCGUAUCGUCGUUGUUUCCCACGCCUUCCAUUGUCCAAUUCACGAGUCCUUUAGCUUCCUCACGACGCGAUCCUCAAAACUAUCAAUCUUCUCCCUACACGCACCCUAACCUCUCCAACCAUGUCUGCCCGUCCUGAGAACAUUGGCAUCAAGGCCAUUGAGAUCUACUUCCCCAACCAGUGCGUUGAGCAAUCUGAGCUCGAGAAGUUCGAUGGUGUCUCCACCGGAAAGUACACCAUCGGCCUUGGCCAGACCAAGAUGGCCUUCUGUGAUGACCGUGAGGACAUCUACUCGAUGGCCCUGACCGUCACCCAGUCCCUCAUCGAGAAAUACAGCAUCGACACCGACUCGAUCGGACGCCUCGAGGUCGGCACCGAGACCAUCUUGGACAAGUCCAAGUCCGUCAAGUCGGUCCUCAUGAAGCUCUUCGGCAAGAACACCAAUGUCGAGGGUGUCGACACUCUCAAUGCCUGCUACGGAGGCACCAACGCCCUCUUCAACGCCAUCAACUGGGUCGAGUCCUCCGCCUGGGACGGCCGUGAUGCAAUUGUCGUUGCCGGUGACAUUGCUCUCUACGCCAAGGGUGCCGCACGCCCAACCGGAGGUGCUGGAGCCGUUGCCAUGCUCAUCGGACCCGACGCCCCGCUCGUCUUCGAGCCUGGCAAGAGGGGAAGCUACAUGGCCCACGCCUACGACUUCUACAAGCCCGACCUGACCAGCGAGUACCCCGUUGUCGAUGGCCACUUCUCCAUCCGCUGCUACACCGAGGCCGUCGACGCGUGCUACAAGGCAUACAACAAGCGCGUUGCCACUCUUGCCGCCAACCGGACAGCCAACGGUUCCAACGGAGUCAACGGCGCACCUGCCGAGGGUCUCGACCGAUUCGACUACCUGCUCUUCCACGCCCCCACCUGCAAGCUCGUUGCCAAGUCCUACGCCCGUAUGCUGUACAACGACUACGUCGCCUCGCCCACCUCCGAGCAGUUCGGCUCUGUUCCCGAGGAGAUGCGUGACAUCGAUUACGAGACCUCGCUCGCAGACCGCAACAUUGAGAAGACCUUCGUCGGUCUCUCCAAGAAGCGCUUCGCCGAGCGUGUCCAGCCCAGCAUUGAGGUCCCUACUAACUGCGGAAACAUGUACACCGCAAGUGUGUACUCGGGCCUCUGCGCUCUCCUCAAGAAUGUCGACUCCGAGACUCUCCAGGGCAAGAGGGUGGGUCUAUUCUCCUACGGCAGUGGCCUCGCCAGCUCUCUCUUCUCGAUGACCGUCAAAGGCUCCACCAAAGAUUUCCAAGACAAGUUGAACCUAACCGAGAGACUUGCCGCAAGAAACAUCGUGGCCCCCGAGGUCUACGACUCCAUGUGCGAGCUCCGCCACAACGCCCACGGAAAGAAGAGCUACACCCCCAGCGGCUCCGUCGACACCAUCACCAAGGGCACCUUCUACCUCGUCAGCAUCGACGAUAAGUUCCGAAGGGAAUACGUCAGGAAGGACUAAAUCAUAGACUUCCUUUUCUCAUACGGGUUUCU